AUGGUGAAAGUUUGGUGCUGAUAAUCUUGUAAACCAGUUAUAUGAAAGAAGUGUUGGACUCUGUCUUCAUCAGUCGCCUGGUUGACAUUCUGAAGACCUCUUGCCCUAGUUUACAGAGGAAGGCAGCUUCUGUCCUUGAGUUUGUGACAAUUAUUGACCCAAGCAUGGACACAAUCAUUUCGGCGGAUGUUGAAUCUGGUCUGGAUGCCAUUUUCCAACAAAAAGUUUUGGAAGAUUUAGAAUCUGAUGUUGAAGCUCAGCAACCAGAAAAAUAUGCCCUUGAAAUUGAAGAAGCUGGUCUCACAAUCUCUGCUGCAUCGCGGCUACUGACAAAAUUGCUUGAUUCCAAGCAGUUUUCUCAAACCAUAGACUCCUCUCAUUUCACUGAACUGCUGCGCAGAAUCCUUAAGUCAGAUAUCCCUCUUCACUACAAAGACUGGGUUGCUUCCUGUCUAGUUAAAUUAAUCUCUCUGUCCGGUUCUAACAUCGACUACGAAAAUCCAAUCAACAUGGAGGUAACGCUUUAUGAGACAAUCCCAAGACUCAUCGAGCAAAUGAAAUCCUCAUUCUCGCCCGAAGCUCAGGAAUCUGCAGUUGUAGAACUGAACAGAAUAAUAUACGAAGGGGUGGUAGAUUCUACUCGAGCCAUUGCGUCAGAGGGUGGAAUAUUUCCAUUGGUGAAGCUCAUAGAAGAAGGGACUGAAAGAGCUGUUGAAGCAGGCUUAGCAAUACUGUAUAAUCUGAGCAUGCACAGUGAAAAUCACUCAGCCAUUAUAGCUGCUGGUGCAGUGCCAGUUUUGAGGAGAAUUGUUCUUUCAGAGAGACCACAGUGGACAAGAGCACUUCGGUUGUUGAGGAAUUUGCCCAUUUGAUGAAACAAAAUACAUACUUGAUGUUGAGACAGUGGAGAAUUUAUGUAAAUCACAUUUGCUUCAUUAUGUAACACCAUUUUUAUGAAUU